CACGGAAAGCGAAGCAGCCCUCGUGAUUUUGUUGUGGAUACUGCCGAGAAGUAUCCGCUGGAAAUCAGGACAGGCUGCCUUGCUACCUGUGUGCUUUUCGAUGAGAAUUCUGGCACCAACACCACUCCGAGGGCAAUUGGUGUAGAGUUUCUCGAAGGCAAGAGUCUGUAUAAGGCCGAUCCUCGGUCAAGUUCAUCCACCAUCGGCAUCAAGCAUCGCGCCCUCGUUUCUCGGGAGGUCAUCCUUGCGGCUGGGGCUUUCGGCACACCACAGAUCCUGAAGUUGAGCGGUGUAGGUCCAAAAGACGAGUUGGAGAGGUUUGGGAUUCGUGUCAUCAAAGAUAUGCAGGGCGUUGGCACCAAUCUCCAGGACCGCUACGAGAUUCCCGUCGUCACUAAAAUACAAGGUGAUUUCCCAAUCAUAGAAAAGUGCACGUACGGGAAGCCUGGAGACCCGUGCCUUGAAGAGUGGAAACACCGCCGCGGUCCCUACCUAUCAAAUGGACUCACCAUUGGCAUGGUGAAGAAGUCCAGUCUGGCCGAUGCUGACCCUGAUCUCUUUAUCUUCGGUGGCCCUGCAUUCUUCCGGGGUUACUUUCCUGGGUAUUCAGAACUCGCCACUUCGGACAAGAGACACUUCACGUGGGCCGUACUCAAGGCUCACAUGCAUAACCUAGACGGAACUGUCAUGCUCACCUCAGCCGACCCUCGAGACGUGCCAGAUAUUAAUUUCAAUUACUUCACUACGACUCCAGACGAGACUCAGGUAGCUGAGCGGGAUCUGGGUGCCAUUGCUGAAGGCCUCGACUUCGCACGACGCAUAAUGGACGAUGUCCUACCGGUUGUCACUGGACCCCUUGAAGAAGCGUCCCCUGGCCGUCACCUGGCUUCUACGGAGCAGGUGAAAGAGUUCAUUAGGAAUGAGGCCUGGGGCCAUCAUGCUUCCUGCAGCUGCCCUAUUGGAGCGGAUGGAGACCCCAAAGCUGUUCUUGAUUCUCGCUUCCGUGUCCGAGGGGUGAGCAACCUGCGCGUUGUUGAUGCUUCCGUUUUCCCUCGUAUUCCUGGUUUCUUUAUCGUCCUUCCCAUAUAUAUGGUUAGUGAGAAGGCAACUGAUGUUAUCCUUGAAAGCAUUGGCGAGAGUCGCCAUGUCUGA